AAAAAAUGAAAUUGGCAUUCUGCAAAUCUUUUUUGAACCUUUAGUAGUUCAUGUCUUUAAAUGUCCCUACACUUUUGUAGUUUAACAACACGCUGGGUAAAUGGCAAUAACGUGAAAAGGAAAAAAAACGCUGUCGACCUGACAGCAUCAAAGCAGUGACAGCCUGACAGGAGCGACAGUAUGACACUAUUGGCACCGUGAGUAUGGAGUACUAGCUUUGCAAAUGCUUCACUUCACCGGUUUGAUCGUCAACAGUACAAAUCCUCGUUUCAGUCCACGUCUUGGCGUCCUGAGUCCUGACCAUCUUGAAGCCAGUACUAUGCACAAGUGCUCCAUAGAAACUGAUACAUUGAUCAUGACUCAUGACACGGCGCUCAGGGCUCAGCAUCAUCUCCGAGCCUUGGGCAAAUCAACUUCAGAUUGCAAGGUCGGAUCAGCCAAUUCAGACCGGAAGAGUCCCCAACUUCAGAAGCAAGCAAAGCACCAUACAUACAAUACACGAUCGAGCAGCUGAUAUCGCACGCCGCAGGAUGGCGACACCGGAACCGGAACGCUGGAUGUCGAGGUGUCCCAUGCCAUUGAUGAAGGAAAGAAGCAGAGUACCGUAUUGUUUCCUCCCGAUUUCCCGUGAAGCCAAUUGAAUGCAUGCAAAUCCUCAGUUCAUUCACUCCCCUUCUCCCCGAUCCCGUGAGCAGCAUUUACUGGCCCCGGCUCUGAAUUCAAUGCCCACUCUGUGUCGCGUCUCUCUGCCCCUCUGACACUAUAAAACCUGCGCCCUCUGCCACUCCUUCCGUCGCCACGUCUCUCCAGUAAAACCCGCGCGCGCCAUUUUCUGUACACGUACGUGUACGUGCGCCUGGCUGCAACUUUACUACUAGUACGCACGUUGUUGUUGCGGAUGGCUUCUCCGGUGCUCCCCGCGUGGUCGUCGAUCAUCAUCGUCCUGGUGGCGCUGGCCGCCGUGCCGCCGCCGUGCUGCCGCGCCGAGUUCACGGUGGUGGUGCCGGACACGUCGUCGGCCGCGGCGCUGGUGCACGCGCCGCAGACGGGGUUCUCGGACCGGGCGCGCACCGACCCGGCCGAGCAGCGCGCCGUGCAGGAGGUGAUGGCGGCCACGGGCAACGGCUGGGCGUGGGGCAUCCCGGACGUGUGCCGUGGCCGCUGGCACGGCAUCGAGUGCGUCCCCGACCGCCACGACGUCUACCACGUCGUGUCGCUGGCCUUCGGCGCGCUCUCCGACGACACGGCCUUCCCGGCCUGCGACGCGGCGACCGCCACGCUGUCCCCCGCCGUGCUCGCGCUCCCGCACCUCCGCUCCCUCUUCUUCUACCGCUGCUUCACGGGCAACCCGCAGCCGAUCGCGGCCUUGCUCGGCCGCCUCGGCCCGGCGUCGUUCCGCUCCCUCGUGCUCCGCCAGAACGGCCACGUCGGACCCAUCCCGGCGGAGCUCGGGAACCUCAGGGCGCUGCGCGUGCUCGACCUCCACGGCAACCAGCUCACCGCCGCCGUCCCGGCCACCCUCCAGUCGCUCACCCACCUCCGAAUGCUCGACCUCAGCUACAACCGUCUCGACGGCCCGGUGCCGCGCUUCGAGUUCCAGCGGCUCAGCAUCCUGGACCUCAGCCACAACGCGCUCCAGGGAGGCGUGCCGUGGAGCCUCGGCCAGUGCCGCGCUCUGCUCAAGAUUGACCUCAGCCAGAACCGCCUCACCGGCACCAUCCCCGACGCGCUCGGCGAGCUGUCCGAGCUGAUGCUGCUGGACCUCAGCCACAACGCGCUGUCCGGCCCGAUCCCGGCCGCGCUCAGCCGGCUGGCGUCGCUGCAGUCGCUGAUCCUGAGCGACAACCGGAUGCAGUUCUCGACGGUGCCCGACGGCUUCUUCGCUGGGCUCAAGGCGCUGACCACGCUGGUGCUCUCCGGAAUGGGCUUGGCGGGGACGAUCCCGGAGUCGAUCGGGGAGCUGGGCGAGCUUCGGGUGCUGCGGCUGGACAAUAACCAGUUCACCGGAGUAAUACCGGCGAGCUUCCGGCGGCUGGAGAGGGCGAGCGAGCUCCGCGUCGACGGCAACCGGCUGGUGGGGCCGAUACCGUUCGGCAAGGAGAUGAUGUGGAGGCUGGGCAAGAAGCUGCGCGUCGGCGGCAACGAGGGGCUGUGCUAUGACACCAAGCAAGAAGGCCUCGAGGGCGUCGUUGCGCUCGCCGGCGUCGCGGACUGUGACAGCGUCAGGAGCCGCACGACGCAGCACUUGGUCUGGAGCAAUGCUACUGUAGUUAGCCGCCGCGGCGGUGUCGUCGCCACCGUGACCUCAUCGGCUGCUGGACCCGUCAGCCGUAACGCCGGUGGUACUCGUGUGGAAACUGCUUGGCUUCUUGUGUUCGUGUGCCUGCACCUUGCAUGGUUUGUAGCGUUGUAGUUGUAAUUGUAAAGUAGGCCGGCCAGGAUGUGGUGAUUCAGGAACCCGAACAUUGGUUGUAAAGAGCUCAGAGCUUUUUCUUUUUCUUUUUUUCAUCAGGAUUCAGGACAGUAAGAAGUGAACAAAAUUUUUGUCUA